CUUAAUAGGAGAAACUUAGGGUUUUCUGAUUAACUGUUUUUAGAAAUACUUGUUGCAUGAUUUCUUAAUUAUGUGCUAUUUAGUUUGUAAUUUUGAAACGAGGGUUUUCGGUGCAUCUUUUACUUGUGGAACUGGUUACUCGGUAGAAAUGUACUAAGGGGGUGUUUGGGAUUGCUUAUUUGAAACAACUAAUACUUUUCUACAAAGUCCUUGUUAAAAGACUUCUUAUUACGGUUUUGGCACCGGUGUAAGUGUUUAUCCAAACACUCAAGAGUGCUUAUUACCGGUGUGUCAAACCAGAAUAAGUCAAUAAGUUGUUUUUAUAAGCAAUCCCAAACACCCUUUAAAAAGUAGUUUGUUGGCUCCAAUUUUAGGGUGUUACUAAGAAAUAAGUAAUUGAACCAUGAUGUUUAUACAUGGUUAAUUAUUCUGAAGCUAGGGUUUUAGGGGGACUGUUGAAUUCUUCUUAGGGAAUUUGUUAUUUAAUUGCUAAGCAGUAGAUUAUAGGAUAUAGAGAUUAGUUGAAUCGGCCCCGGGCGACAUGCGUGAAUUGCCUUCUAUUUCAUUUAUAGAGUUCACAAUCCACUCUUUUUUCCCUGCAUCCGUGACAAAUUUUAUUUGUCUUAUUGACACUAGGUGAUGCAUGGCUACCGAGUUUGUGGUUUUUGGUAGUUUGUUGCUUGUUCCAAGUUUUGGGAAUUGUGGCUAAAUAGUUGGUUAUGUAGGGUUAAAUCAAUAGUCUAGGUACAAUGUGGUAGGACUACAUGAAUACUCUAUAUGCUCGACCACUUCACGUAUAGUACGUAGUAUACUCCUAUAUGCUAAUAUAAGUUGUCUAAAAGAAUUGUGAAAGCUAUUGGUUGUCAUGUAAUACUCCCUCUCUUCUAAUGACAUAUAUUACGUAUGUGGCUAGGAAUUCUUUUACAAUUUUUUUACUAAUAGCAAUCAUGUUUUGAUGGACUUCCGGUCAUGCCAUGGUGGAAAAGGGGUGGAGUGUGUUGAUCUCACUUCUGAAUUUCCUUUAAGUUUCUCUCCUCUAGCACCCCUACAGGAUGCUUCUUGGAAGGAGUAGUGGAUUUCAGGUGGCAUCAACUCAUCGUCCUUGCACAAAAGGGCUUUGGCUGUGGAGUACCCCUUUAAGAAGAACUGCUCUUGAUGGAACUGAAUACAAUCUUUUACUGAUAGAUAGUGAAGGAAUUGAUGCUUAUGAUCAAACGGGAACAUACAGCACUCAGAUCUUCUCUCUAGCUGUACUCUUAUCAAGCAUGUUUAUAUACAACCAGAUGGGAGGUAUAGAUGAGGCUGCACUUGAUCGCCUCUCUCUUGUUACUGAAAUGACUAAGCAUAUUCGUGUCAGAGCUUCUGGGGGGAAGACUACAGCUUCUGAGCUUGGACAGUUCUCCCCAAUAUUUGUCUGGCUUCUAAGGGACUUCUAUCUGGAUUUGGUGGAGGAUAAUAGGAAAAUAACUCCACGUGACUAUCUAGAGCUGGCUUUGAGGCCAGUACAAGGUGGUGGAAGAGAUGUUUCUGCCAAAAAUGAGAUUCGAGAAUCCAUCCGAGCUCUCUUUCCGGACAGGGACUGCUUCACUCUUGUGCGACCUUUGAGCAAUGAAAAUGAGCUCCAGCGGCUUGACCAAAUAUCAAUGGAUAAAUUGAGGCCAGAAUUCAAAUCCGGACUGGAUGAGCUAACGAGGUUUGUUUUUGAGAGGACUAGGCCCAAGCAGCUAGGGGCCACAGUUAUGACCGGACCCAUUUUUGCUGGCAUUACUCAAUCCUUUCUAGAUGCUCUCAACAAUGGUGCAGUGCCUACAAUAACUUCCUCAUGGCAGAGUGUUGAAGAAACAGAGUGUCAAAGGGCGUUAGAAUAUGCUACAGAAGUUUACAAGUCUUCUUUCGACCGUACAAGGCCCCCUGAGGAAGCUGCAAUACAGGAAGCACAUGAAGAGGCUGCUCAGAAGGCUGUGGCUGCUUUUAAUUCAACGGCAGUAGGGGCUGGUUCUGUUAGGCAAAGAUGUGAAAAGCGUCUUCAUACCUUUUUGAGAAAAGAAUUUGAGGAUUACAAAAGGGAGGCCUUUAUGAAGGCUUACAUGCAAUGCUCAAAUGCCAUACAAAAAAUGGAGAAAGAACUAAGAACAGCUUGCCAAGCACCUGCUGCAAAGUUCAGUGAUAUUCUGAAGGCUCUUGAUCAGCUUUUAAACAGCUAUGAAGCAAGUUCAUAUGGUCCAGAAAAGUGGCAGAAGCUAGCUUCUUUCUUACGGCAAAGCUUGGAAGGUCCAAUCCUCGACUUUGUGAAGAAGCAGAUAGAUCAUAUUGCCACAGAGAAAAGUUCUCUUCAGUUAAAAUGUCGCUCAAUUGAAGAUAAAAUGAGAUUAUUUACCAAACAAUUAGAAGCUAGUGAGAAGUAUAAAUCCAAUUACAUAAAACGCUAUGAGGACGCCAUUAAUGACAAGAAUAAGCUUGCAGAAGAGUACAUGAGCCGAAUUGCGGAUAUAAAAAAGAACUCUAGCUCAUUAGAUGAAAGAUGCUCCAGCUUAUCAAGAACGCUUGAAGCUGCCAAACAGGAAUCUGUGGAAUGGAAAAGAAAAUAUGAAUUGGCAUUAUCUAAUCAGAAAACUGGGGAGGAACAGGCUUCCUCGGAAGUAGCAAAUCUCAAGGCCAGGAGCAGUGCGGCAGAGGCAAGAUUAGCUGCUGCACGAGAACAAACCAUGUCUGCUCAAGAGGAGGCAGAUGAAUGGAAACGCAAGUAUGAUGUCGCUGUCAGAGAAGCAAAGAAUGCACUUGAGAAGGCAGCUGCUGUGCAAGAUCGUGCAAGUAAACAAACCCAUCAUCGUGAGGAUGCUCUACGAGCAGAAUUUGCUGGCACAUUGGCUGGCAAGGAAGCUGAAAUAAAAGAUAAGGCAUCGAAGAUAGAACAGGCUGAGCAGCGUGUAACUACUCUGAGCUUGGAGUUGAAGGCUGCAGAGUCGAAGAUAAAGAGUUAUGAUCUGGAAAUAUCUGCUUUAAAAAGUGAUAUCAAGGAGUUGGGUGAAAGGCUUGAAAGUGCAAAUGCGACGGCUCAAUCAUAUGAAAGAGAAGCGAGGAUUCUGGAGCAAGAACGAGUUCAUUUGGAGCAGAAAUAUCGAUCUGAAUUUGACCGGUUCGAGGAAAUCCAGGAAAGAUGUAGAAAUGCUGAAAAGGAAACUAAAAGAGCAUCCGAGUUGGCCGACAUUGCCCGGGUGGAGGCCGUUACUGCUCAAAAAGAGAAAAACGAGAUUCAACGGUUAGCAGGUGAAAGGUUGACAGAAAUCACAAGGCUCGAGAGGCGUAUUGAGAGCCUCGACCGACGAAAAGAGGACUUGGCUGAUGAAUUAGAGCGAUAUCAAGCUGCCGAAAUGGAUGCUAUAUCGAAAGUCAGACUUUUAGAGGCAAGAGUUGAAGAAAGGGAGAAAGAGAUUGAAACACUACUGAAAUCAAACAAUGAACAGAGAGCAAGUACUGUACAAGUCCUCGAAAGCCUUUUAGAAACCGAGCGGGCAGCGCGGGCAGAAGCGACUAAUAGAGCAGAAGCACUUUCAGUUCAGCUACAAGCCACCCAAGGGAAGCUCGAUUUGCUCCAACAACAGAUGACCACCGUCCGCCUUAAUGAAUCUGCGUUGGAUAGCAAACUCAGAACAACUUCUCAUGGAAAACGAUACAGGGUUGAAGAUAAUGAAAUGGGUACGGAUUCCGUUCAAGAACUUUACGAUGAUAGAGAUAGAGUUAUACGUGGAAACAAGAGGUCCCGUAGUACAACUAGCCCGUUAAAGUUUGUUGCCAACGAAGAUGGUGGUUCGGUGUUCAGAGGCAACGAAGACGACAGUAACCACAGUCAACAAACCAGUUCUGAAGAUCACACCAAAUUCACCAUUUUGAAAUUAAAACAAGAGCUCACAAAACACAAUUUUGGUGCAGAGUUGCUUCAGUUGAAGAAUCCUAACAAGAAAGAUCUCGUCGCUCUUUACGAGAAAUGCGUUCUCCAGAAAUCUUGAAAAUGGGUUGCUUCCAUAGAAGAAUUCCGACCUAAUGGCUCUUUUUGGAAGAUAACAGAAAUCUUGAAACUGCAAGUUUAUCAACUUCGGUGUGUGUAAUCUAAUGUAAGUUACAAGUUUAGUGUAUUCUUUAAGUUAUUCUGCACAUACGAGUUAUGGAAACUAGAUCAUAGAAACAGAGUUGUGACUGGCGGCAGUUUGGCAGUUGUACGGGUCCAGGUUAUAUCAACUUGAUUCGGGCUUUGAUGAUUUCAGGCUCUGGUGUUUUCUUAACAUUUGUCACUUCUUGAUCUCAGGUGUGUUAUCAAUAAUAGGUUAGUAUAGCUUGAUU